UCUUCUUAAUUUCAUUUCAACUCCAGUAGAACCAGAGUCAAAUGAAUGGGAGCUAGAGACGAUAACACAAGUGACAAACAUGGAACAAGAAUCUGGAGCAUCGACAACACUGGAAGAUUUAGAUGAUGCGCUAUCUUCUGUGAGCGACCUAUUUGAGAAUGACAUCGAUGAUCCAACAUACACUCCACCUUCAGGUUCAGAGAGUGAUUCAACUUUAAGUAACGAUUUAGAACAAGUACAAAGUCAAUCUGUAAGUACAAAUACUACAGCAAAUAAUAAUAAUAUAAUACCUCUGGUACCAUACACCGAUUCAGAUGACACGGAGAGCGAGUUACCGAUAGUUACUCAACCUAAAAAUAAAGGAAGAAAAAGAAUAAGGAAUGAAAAAAGUGGAAAAAAAACAUUAGAAAGCAGGGACGAAUUUCUGGAAAAGAGCAUGUCAACUCUAAAGGAGAUAUUGUAA